AAGUAAAUAAUAUGAUGGCUUAUCAUCAGUUUCAACAUUUUUUUAAAAUCCCCAUUUUCUGUGAUGCCAAACGGGCCUUAAUGUGAGAUGACUGCACAAACAGCAUGUAUCGCAAAGCAGAGAAUCCAAAGAUACUUUAUGCAGACGUCACUGGAAUCUUACUCCUCUAUAUAUACCCAUCAGUCGAUUGAUUCUCAGACCAUACACAAUAAAUUAAAUAUCUUAGUAAACAAAAGAGAGAAGAAGUGGAGAUUCCAGCGAUGUGGAUACGCUACGGCGCUGGUGUAUUUGUCCUCGUCGCACUCUCAAUCCUGACCGUCGGUAAUUGCCGGCAUGACUUGAUAAAGCUCCCAUCCGAAGGUGAUGAUUCGGUUGGGAAGAGAUGGGCCGUCCUAUUAGCGGGAUCCUCUGGUUACGGAAAUUACAGGCACCAGGCUGAUGUAUGCCAUGCAUAUCAAAUAAUGAAGAAGGGUGGUCUCAAGGAUGAAAAUAUCAUUGUUUUUAUGUAUGAUGACAUUGCCUACAAUCCGGACAAUCCCAGGCCAGGUGUCAUCAUAAACAACCCGAGUGGUCAGGAUGUGUACCACGGAGUUCCAAAGGUUUCGGUUUCGGAUUAUGUUGGAGAUGAAGUGACGGCAAACAACUUUUAUGCUGUUCUUCUUGGCAAUAAAACUGCACUCACUGGCGGUAGUGGAAAGGUUUUGGAUAGUUCUCCCAACGAUCAUAUCUUUGUCUAUUAUACCGAUCAUGGUGGUCCUGGAAUACUCGGGAUGCCCACCGGUCCUUAUAUAUACGCCGAUGAUCUAAAUGACGUCUUGAGAAAGAAGCAUGAUUCCGGAACAUACAAGAGCUUGGUUUUUUACUUGGAAGCUUGUGAAUCUGGGAGUAUAUUUGAAGGUCUUCUUGCACAAGAUUUGGAUAUAUACGUGACAACUGCAUCUAAUGCAUAUGAGAGUAGCUGGGGAACCUAUUGCCCUGGCCAGUACCCUUCUCCUCCCCCUGAAUACGAAACUUGCUUGGGUGACCUCUAUAGUAUUGCCUGGAUGGAAGACAGCGACAUACACAAUCUCCGGACUGAAACUUUGAAUCAGCAGUAUCAACUGGUUAAAAAGCGGACAGCAAAGGACAACUCUUACAUGGGUUCGCACGUCAUGCAAUAUGGUGAUCUGAAUCUAAGUGUAGAGAGUCUCUUCGUGUAUAUGGGAACAGAUCCAACAAACGACAAUUAUACAUUUGUGGAUGAUAAUUCUCUUCACCCAUCUUCUGAAGCUAUUAACCAGCGGGAUGCUGAUCUUUUACAUUUUUGGCAUAAGUUCAGGAAAGCUCCGGAAGGCUCUGACAGGAAGUCUGAAGCUCAAAAGCAACUUGCUGAAGCUAUGGCUCACCGUACACACAUCGAUAACAGCUUUAAGCUGAUUGGGAAACUUCUUUUUGGAAUGGAGAAGGGUUCUCAAAUGAUGAUAUCUGCACGACCUGCCGGCCAACCUCUUGUUGAUGACUGGAAUUGCCUUAAAUCUAUGGUUAGGACAUUUGAGACACAUUGUGGGUCCCUAUCACAGUACGGAAUGAAACACAUGCGAUUGGUUGCCAACAUAUGUAACGCAGGCAUUGCGAAAGAGCAAAUGGCAGAGGCAUCAGCUCAAGCCUGUGUUAAUUUCCCUUCCAAUCCUUGGAGCUCACUUUCUCGAGGUUUCAGCGCUUGAUACAAAUAUGGGUGAAGAAGCUUUUUAUUCAGUGUGUAUAGUUUGCUGUGGAAGUGGUGGCUUUCUUGUACAUAACCAUUAAAAGUUUGUGCCUUGUAUGGCUCCUAUUUGUAGUGCUACUUGGUGACCAUGUACUAAUCAUAUGUAUAUGUUGGUGUGUACACAUAUAUCUUAAGAAGAAUUUAGCAUUUAAGGAUUGUAUGAAAUAUUUCUUCCAUAAUAUUAUUGGGGUCGUCAUCAUCGUCUCUGUAACGACACUAGAUAUCUAACGAUUGUUUGCGAAUUAUACGAUUAAAGUGC